AUGGAAGAGAAAAACUCCUCUGAUUUCACCAACUUGAAAUCACAAGAAAAUGAUCAACCUGGAAUGAACUUUAUGUCGGCACCUCUGAACGGAAAUAAUUACGUAUCAUGGGCAAGAUCCAUCAAGAUAGCCCUGGGAGCAAAACAAAAAUUGGGCUUCAUUGAUGGAUCAUACGAGAAACCCACAGAAGGCAAAGAAGCCAUAGAGGCUUGGAAAAGGAAUGAUUACAUGGUGGUUUCGUGGAUCUUGAGUUCCAUUUCAAAGGAAAUUACAGAGGCUUUUCUGUUUGCAAACUCAAAGAAGGACCUAUGGACAGAACUUGAAGCAAGGUUUGGUGACAGCAACGGCCCCCUACUCUACCAGAUUCAAAGGGAAAUUGCCUCAAUCUCACAAAAGGACAUGACAGUAGCUGUAUAUUUUACAAGGCUUAAAAGACUGUGGGAUGAAUUAGGAUCGUUAGACCCUCUGCCUGAGUGUUCCUGCGGGGCAAGCAAGAAGUUGUCCGAUAGGGCGGCCUCUUAUCAAUUAAUGCAGUUCCUCAUGGGUCUUAGCGAUGCCUAUGACCAUGUCAGAAAUCAAAUCUUGCUCAUGGACCCUCUGCCAACAGCUGCAAAGGCCUAUUCUAUGGUGCACAGGGUUGAAAAACAAAGGCAAGUCAACUUUGGCAUCUCUAAAUUAGAAAAGGAAGGAGUUAUGGCUGUGAGGACUUUUGAACCAAGAAAGCAAGGUGAUAUAAAAGGAAAUUUCAAGAAAUGGCCACCGGUGGAUAAAAGACAAAUGCAGUGUGAUUACUGCAAGAAGAAAGGGCACCUAAAAGAAGGGUGUUUUGACCUAAUAGGCUUCCCGGACUAG